AUGAACUAUAUAUCCUGGAAUAUAAGGGGCCUUGAGUCCCCGGAUAGGAAAUAUGUCAUAAAAAAAUACCUUGACUCUCAUCCUAACCUGGACUUCUUGAUGCUCCAAGAGAUCAAAGCGGUUGAUUUCACCCUCCAUAAUAAUUUGGUUUUUCUAUGGAAGGAUGCAGUUAAGUAUCACACCCUUCAUUCUAGGGGUAGAGGAGGAGUUGCUCUUCUUGUUAGCCCUAAAUGGAGUAACUAUAUUACUAAUCAUGGGAUAUCCCCAUGUAAUCGAGCUGUCUGGGUUACCAUUAACCAUAACAACAAUUGUUUUGGCAUAUGCUCUGUUUAUGCUUCCAAUGCUUGGAAUGAAAGAAUAUCUCUUUGGGACUGGAUUAAUGAUCUUCCUGACCUGCCUUGGAUUGUGGGGGGAGACUUUAAUAUGGUUGAAUCUCAGAUAGAUAAGGAGGGGGGCCUCCCCUUUACCUGGAAGGAUAGAGAAAAGCUUCACUGGGAUAGAAUGAAAAGAAAUAAACUAUUCUUUGAUCCUCUUGCUGGAAAUAAAGAUCUUUCACCUGGAAUAUGGCACACAUGGUGCAAUUUUCAGCAAGGGGACAACAGAACAUAUUCAAGGUUGGAUAGGUUUUAUGCAAAUAAGAAUUUUUUCUCUAUCCUCCCAGAUAAAUGGGGGAACUCUGUUUUAGUCACAUCGACCACGCUUUCUGAUCAUCACCCCAUAAAAACCAACUUUAUUAUCAAUAGAUCCCCGACUCCUCGUCGGUCUGCUGAUGCUAAAUUCAUACUGAAUACCAGUCUUCUGAAAGAUGAAUAUAUCUUAGCCGCUGUUAAUAUUAUCAACUUGAUCAAUAAAAAUCAUUAUCCUCAUCUUAAUGAUAUUGAAAAAUGGGACCUUAAUGUUAGCUCUUGGCAGAACUUUCUUAAAACGAUUGGCCAAAAAAGAGCCAAAGACUAUAGACGCAUUGAAAAUACCCUCUCUGCUAACCUUCAAAUUGCUGAAUCCCGCAUUCAAGCCAACCCCUCUGACUUCAACCUUACUACCCAGCUCAUCUAUGCUAAGGAUACUCUUAGUAAACAUCUCCAGGCCAAAACUCGAGGUGCAAAAAUUAGAUCUCGAGCCAAUUGGUUACAAUUCGGAGACAGGGGAUCAAGAUUCUUCUUCAAUCUUUUGAAGCAUAAACAGACUAAUGAAGCUAUUGACAUAAUUUUCAUCAAUAAUCAGGACAUUACCAACCCCGAUAUGAUAAAAGAUGCCUUUGCAAAAUACUACCAGGAUCUCUUUACAUCCGAAGAUUCUGAGGAAGCAAAUAACAUCAGGAACCAAUGCUUCUCCCUUAUUCCCAAAAAGAUCACCGAACAAGAUGUUUCUCUCCUCUUUGCUAAGAUCACAGUGGGGGAAAUUGAGAAAGCAAUCCUUUCACUGUAG